AUGAGCUUGAUUGAAAGCUCUUCUGGCUCGCUGAAGUACAAGCACAGAUUCAUCACAAGCAGGUUUUUCACACCAGCUCAUCACCAGAGUGGACAUAACAGUGGUGUGAUUCACAGUGGGAUUUACUACACACCUGGAUCUCUGAAGGCCAAGCUGUGUGUGGAGGGUGCAGCCCUCUGCUAUGAGUACUGUGACCAGAAGGGAAUACCAUAUAAACAGUGUGGGAAGCUAAUUGUAGCUGUUCAACAAGAUGAAAUUCCAAGACUCAAAGCUCUGUAUGAAAGAGGGCUGCAGAACAAUGUCCCAGGUCUGAAACUGAUUGGAGCAAAAGAAAUACAAGCAAAAGAGCCCUUCUGCAGGGGGCUGAUGGCCCUUGACUCUCCAUACACCGGCAUUGUGGAUUAUAAACAAGUGGCCCAGGCCUAUGCUGAAGACUUCCAGGAAGCAGGUGGGACCAUCCUGACUGAUUUUGAAGUUACAAACAUGGAGAUGGCUAAAGAAGGUUCUUUGGAAAUGGAAGAUGGACUGAAAUACCCACUUGUUGUGAGGAGCUCAAAGGGUGAGGAGAUCUCCUGUGGACACAUUGUGACCUGUGCAGGGCUUCACUCUGACCGCCUGUCUGAGAUCAGUGGCUGCAGCCCCGAGCCCAGGAUUGUGCCUUUCCGUGGGGAUUACUUGGUGCUGAAACCAGAAAAGUGCUACAUGGUGAAAGGAAAUAUUUAUCCAGUUCCCAAUCCUCGGUUCCCUUUCCUGGGAUUUCAUUUCACACCAAGAAUGGAUGGCAGCAUUUGGCUUGGUCCUAAUGCAGUACUGGCCUUUAAGAGAGAGGGCUACAAAUUGUUUGACUUCAGCACUGGGGACUUUUUAGAUGCUGUCACGUACAGUGGGUUGUGGAAGCUUGUGCUGAGAAACUUAUCUUAUGGGCUCGGUGAAAUGUACAGAGCAUGUUUCCUUAGUGCACAGGUGAAGGAACUUCAGAAGUUCAUCCCUGAGAUCACUGUCAAUGAUGUACUCAGGGGUCCAUCUGGAGUGAGAGCUCAAGCCUUGGACAGUGAUGGAAAUCUGGUGGAUGACUUUGUAUUUGACGGAGGCAGCGGAGAUCUUGGGAGCAGAAUUCUUCACGUCAGAAAUGCCCCUUCUCCUGCUGCCACCUCCUCCCUUGCCAUUGCAAAAAUGAUUGCAGACGAAGUAAAGCGAAGAUUCGAAUUGUGA